AUGGUGGAAAAUAGAGAUUGGAUGUAUAAUGCUCCUAGAGUGAGUGUGGAGUUCAUUAAUAAUGUCAAUGACUUUCUUGAGAGAGCAUUUGCUAAUGAAGCAGUAGGGGAUGAAAUAUGUUGCCCUUGUCGCAUUUGCUGUAAUCGUUUUUGGUAUAGUCGUGAUGUUGUUUAUGAUCACCUUAUUGUCAAAGGAUUUAUAGAGAAUUAUUAUGAUUGGUUCUUUCACGAAGAGGGUGUGUCAUCAAGGAUGGAUGUUGAUGACAAUAAUGAAGAAGUUGAUGAUGUUGCUGAUGAUGCUCAAGACAACCUGGAUGGGUUAUUGCAUGAUGUAUUUAGAGAUGUAGUAGAAGAGUCUCCAGUGAACCAAGAAGAUGACCUAAGUGACCAUGAAGAAAGGUUAACUAAGGAGGCCAAGAAAUUUUAUAAGUUAGUUGAUGAAGAUAAGCAGCAGUUGUUUCCAGGAUCCAUAUGGAGAGAGGCAAUUCCUGAAAUAAAUCUACCAAAGUCUUAUUAUGAGGCUAAAAGAAUUGUGAAGGAUUUGGGCCUUGAUUACAAGAAGAUACAUGCUUGUCCUAAUGACUGCAUGCUUUACCAUGGAAAAGAUGGAGAAAAAGUUGCUUGCAGUAAAUGUGGUGAAAGUAGAUGGAAGGCAAAUAAGCAGGGUGUUCCAGCCAAGGUUUUAAGAUAUUUUCCUUUAAAACCUAGAGUUCAAAGACUAUUCAUAUGUUCUCAGACUGCUGAAUCCAUGAGUUGGCAUGCAAAAGAGCGCCUCCAGGAUGGGAAACUAAGGCACCCAGCAGAUGGCAAAGCAUGGAAGGAUUUUGAUUCCAAUCAUCCUGAUUUUGCACUAGACCCUCGUAAUGUGAGGCUGGGCUUGGCUAGUGACGGGUUUAAUCCAUUUCGGACUAUGAGCAUUUCGCAUAGCACAUGGCCGGUGAUCUUGAUAAAUUAUAAUUUACCACCCUGGAUGUCUCUAAAGCCAGAAUAUUUCAUGUUGUCUUUGCUUAUUCCAGGGCCUCAGUCGCCUGGGAAUAAUAUCGAUGUUUACUUGCAACCGUUGAUUGAUGACUUGAAAGAGCUAUGGGAAGUCGGGUUGCUUACUUAUGAUGCUUCAAGUAAACAAUCAUUUUAUGUUCGUGCAGCUUUACUUUGGACUAUAAGCGACUUUCCAGCAUUUGCAAUGUUGUCCGGAUAG